CUCUUCUUUCUCUUCUUUCUCUUCUUUCCCUCAUUUUGUAUAUAUAUUUAUUAUCAUGAAGUUUUUCAAAUCUGUACAUACAUUUGACUAUGAGUGGAACUUGGUUUCUGCUGCUCAGUGGCAGAAAUAUCCCAACGACCACUGCCCACAUGUUCAACAUGUUGAUGUACUGAACAGAACAGUCGAUACUAAGACUGGUAUCCUUACAACAGAAAGACUCAUCACUGUAAAGCAGAAUGUACCUCGAUUAUUACUUAAGAUUAUGGGAGCUGACGAAACACAAUAUGUUCGAGAAGUUUCUGUGAUUGAUCCUAAGCAAAAGACAUUUACAUUGACAAGUCAAAACCUUUCUUUAUGUAACAUUAUGAAGUGCAAUGAAGAAAUCACGUAUACCGUUUCAUCCGAAAACCCCGAAAAGACACAAUUCACUCAACAAGCACAAUUGUCUGUUGGUAGUUUCUUAUCGCGUUGGGAGAGUACGAUAGAAGACUUUUCAAUCAAGCGAUUUCAACACAAUGCACAAGUAGGAAGAGAAGGCUUUUUAAAUGUAUUAGAAAAAAUUGGUAGUACUAAACAAACAGCAUAAUAAAAAAGAUCAGGGGAAAUUAUUUAUACAAGAACAACUGAGCCCAUGCAUAAAGUAGCACAAAGAAUAUAGAGUUCAUGAAACAAUUACG